AUUUAAAUCACCACGAGUUAGACUCAUACCCUCUCUCCAAGUCUUUCGCUUAUAGCUACGACACGUAAGCACCAAGUGUCUCUCAUUCAGCGAGCAAUAACCUAUCACCGCAGCAAAACUUCCGACAACUAAUAGCCAUGCCGACUCCCAAAACUAUCCAAAACACCGGCCCCGGAACUACUGGCAACGAUGCCUCAGGUGGACUACCCGAGGACCCGCAGUCGGCCAAUUCUCAACCCAGUAAUCCCGGACCAGGAACUGCGAGUCCCCAGAACCCGACACCAUAUACUUCAAUCCCCUACAACGUUAAUCCAACAACCCCGGACUCACGAGCCCCAAAUCCCAAAGUAGAUCUCAACGCGCCUAUACCUUGGUUCUGUUGGUUUGUGGUCGGGGGUCCUCUCGUUCGCCCCGCACCUAAGCUACGCAACUUCAUCCGGAUGACAAACGAGCGCAACGCUGUAACCCGGAAAGCUAACGAUGCUAAAUUCAUUCGUGAGAGAGCGGCCGAAGAGAAGAAAAUAAAUGAGGAACUACGGAAAUUUCAUGAAAAAUAUGGUUAA